AUGAACGGCGGGGGAGGCAUCUCCAGUAACAUGGGCAUGGGCCUUGCUACUCCCGCUGCUCAGCAGGCCGAGCUUAACUAUAUCUACGGCUUGGUGGAGGAGUUGAGUCGCCAACUCUUGGAAAACCGACGAGCAACCGAAGACAUCGUCGCUGGCCUGGGAAGGGUGCGAAGCCGUGCACGGGUCCAGACUCUGAGCAACGAGGAGCUGAUCAACCUCGCGGCGGAAGACAUUAACGCCCAAGAACAGAACCUCGACGCCCUCGUUUCCCUCCUCUCCGAGUCCCUAGAAAAGGCCAAAUACAGCCGAGACGCCAACGCGCAACUGCUCAGCCAAUUCGCCACGGCCAUGAACACGAUGCUGAAGCAGUUCCACGACUACAAGGCCAAGCAGGUCGCCGACGUCGCCUCCUGGCACAAGUCCUACCGCCGCCAACUGGCCGAAGCCCGCGCCGAGAACAGCCGGCUCCGGGAGCAGAUCUGGGAGAUGCAGGGCCGCGCCACCAAGGCGAACGGCCUGCUCCGCGAGUUCCGCCGCAGGUACGACGAGGACAAGGAUAAAUGGGAGAGGCGCGUCGACGAGCGGGCCGCGAGGCAGGAGCUCCGUUUCUGGAAGCGCAUGGCCAUGCCCGACCUUGCCGACGACGAUCCACUCUGGAGCGACGACGACGACAUGGUCGACCCGGCCGAGAAGGAGCGGUUGAAGGAGCUGGACCGUAAGAUGGCCCAGGAGCAAUCCUCCUCCUCCAUCGGUCUGCGGGAAGACGAAGACGGGCAGGGCACCGUACCUCGCGAGUCGGCCGUCUUCGGCGGUGUGCCUAUGCAAAGAGACCAGGGCCAUCCUAUGGCUGUGCCCGCGCCUCCUCCACGACCUUCGAGUACGGUUUCCAGUACGGGCUCAUCGGGUCAGUGA